AGGAGGCUUUGAGAGCAGGAAGCCCCGCCUUCCACCAGCGUGUGACGUCAGAGUCGCCAUGGCCAGCUAUCCUUACGGACAGGGCUGCCCUGGAGCUCCAGGACAGGCGCCCGGAGCCCCUCCGGGUAGCUACUACCCUGGACCUCCCCACGGCGGAGGGCAGUAUGGCAGUGGGCUCCCCCCUGGUAGUGGUUAUGGAGGUCCUGCCCCUGGAGGGCCUUAUGGGCCACCAGCUGGUGGGGGGCCCUAUGGACACCCCAAUGCUGGGGGUCUUCCCUCUGGAACUCCAGGAGGACCAUAUGGCGGUGCAGCCCCAGGGGGCCCCUAUGGGGCUCCAAGUUCCUAUGGUCCCCAGCAGCCUGGGCCUUAUGGACAAGGUGGUAUCCCUCCCAACGUGGAUCCUGAGGCCUACUCCUGGUUCCAGUCUGUGGAUGCCGAUCACAGUGGCUACAUCUCCAUCAAGGAGCUGAAGCAGGCCCUGGUCAACUCCAACUGGUCCUCAUUCAAUGAUGAGACCUGCCUCAUGAUGAUUAACAUGUUUGACAAGACGAAGUCUGGACGCAUUGAUGUCUAUGGUUUCUCCGCGCUGUGGAAGUUCAUCCAGCAGUGGAAGAACCUCUUCCAGCAGUAUGACCGGGACCAUUCUGGCUCUAUCAGCUACACAGAGCUACAGCAAGCUCUGUCCCAGAUGGGCUACAACCUAAGCCCCCAGUUCACCCAGCUCCUGGUUUCCCGCUACUGCCCGCGUUCUGCAAAUCCUGCCAUGCAGCUCGACCGCUUCAUCCAGGUGUGCACCCAGCUUCAGGUGCUGACUGAGGCCUUCCAGGAGAAGGACACAGCUGUCCAGGGCAACAUUCGGCUCAGCUUUGAGGACUUCGUCACCAUGACAGCGUCUCGGAUGCUCUGACCCUGUCUGAGUGGAGCACGCCAAGGGCCUUCUCUGUUCCUUACAGUGGGAGAAGCGUGUGGGCCUCUUUUCCUGUUCCUCCUAGAAAGAUCCUUCCUUGCUUGAUGCAGCACUGUUCCUAGAGAGGGUUAGGAGUCCUGCAUCAGCCCAUAAAUAGUGACGUCCUGGCCUGUGGCCACACAGAUAGGAGUCUGACCUAGGGAAGGACCAGAAGCUGAAUGUCCUGAGCACUGAACAGCACAGCCUGGCAUCAGAGGCAGGAGCUGACAGUCAGCGGUGGAGGUGGUAUGUGUGUCAGCCACACACUGGCCUCCAGCUCUCCCCUCUAUACCCUGACACCAGUGGUAAGCGUUCAUUAGCCUCCUACAGUAAUACCUGUCUUCCUCACCCAGGUGAUCAUGUCAGAUGACCCCAAUUUCUCUAAAGUGGAAUCCCAUGGAACAUGAGAGAGAUUUGCCUCUGGGACCAGUGGCUUGGAUUCACUCAGACCCAAUGUCCCAUGUGUUAACCUCUACUUGCCUGGGCUCUCCCUGCCCAGGGAGCACAGACAUUCUGCCAUCUGGGCAUCUUUGACCAGGCUGCUGCCCUCCAAAGCUUGGACUCUCGCCUGCCUGCCAUGUUCCGCUUGGCUGUAGUCCCCAGGGCACAGUUGUGACUUCCCACUGCCAAUGCUUUUUUUUUUUUUUUUUUUUUUAAGAAUUUGUUCUUUUUGUUUGGGGCCAAAAGUCCAGUGAAACAAUAAGCUUCAAUAAAAGGUGAAACUUGUGAGUCCCA